UAGCCAAAUUAAGCGUCGCAGCACUCAACAACGGAGAACAACGUUUGUCGUGGAUACAAUAGGAAGAUGAACCAAAAAGAAAUCAAAGAUUCCAGUGGAAAGGUAAUUCUGCGAGCAGUGGAAUACGAUGGAAUACUAUUUCCAGCCGAAAUAGCUGGGAAUUUGGAGGAAAAAUUUCGGCAACUGAACAACAUGACAUUUCGAGAUAGUGAUGUAUGUGUGGUGUCAUUUCCAAAAUCUGGAACACACUGGUGUUAUGAAAUAGUGGCUAUGCUAAGAAACAAUACUUCUGAGUUUCAAAUAGUUGUUCCUCCUCUGCUUGACUUGUUUCCAGUAGAAAAACUUAAGCAGGUACCCGAUGGUGUAUAUGUAUCACACUUUAUACCCCGACAUAUGCCAAAGGAUUUCUUGGAACGGCGAUGUAAAAUUAUCCAUAUCUACAGAAAUCCAAAAGACGUCGUUGUUUCAAUGUUUCAUUUCCUAAAGAAAACAAAGAUGGGAGAAAUGCUGAAAGAUAUGGAAUUUGAUGUAUUUUUCGAAAUGUUUAUAACUGGAAAUGUGCCAUCUUCUGGGGGUUCAUGGAUGAACUUUAUAAAAGAGUGGAUGGACUUUACCAACAAAAACACCUCCUACCCAUUCAUGAACAUUUGCUAUGAGGAUAUGAAGAGGGACCUGAAGGGACACGUCAGAAAAAUCUCCAAUUUUCUAGAACUUGAAUCCAGUGAGGAGCUUAUUGAUGAAAUUGCUACAAAAUGCGAGUUUAAGACAAUGUCCGAAUUCAAGAACAGCCAUGUCCCCGAAUUUAUGAGCAAUUUGACCAAUAUAAAGGAUAAACAUAUCAUGUACAGGAAAGGUGAAGCAGGAGAUUGGAAAAAUUGGCUAAAGGUUGCCCAGAGUGAGGCUGUGGAUUCAGAAGUGGAGGUAGCAAACAUUCCUUUGGACAUAAAGUACACCUGAAACAAGCUUUAAUGAUAUUAUUCACCUGAAUAAUUUGCAAUUUCCGAGACUGGAAUCUGAUAAGCAAAAUAUAUGAAUAAAGAAUAUAUUUUUUCGUAGAACUUUAUUUAGUAUGAAAGUAUUGCACGCUUAAAUUCAGUUAAGGUGUGCAAAUGACCAUUUAAAAAAUGUCCACUAAAUUUCAUACUUAUACUGAAGAGAACGUUCUAUGAAGUUUUGUGUAUGUCAACUUCUGAUGAAAAAAAAUGAUAAAAGAUAUUAUUAAAUAUUAAUCAUUAACAGAAAAAAAUCGGUUCUGAAUGUACGAAUCAAAUGUAAGGUAAAUCAUUGUAAGAAAAAAACAGAUAAUUAUUUGGCCCUUGAAAAAAAAUUAGCAUUCUGAAAUCAUUAGAUUAAAUCAAUGUCACCAAUGAUAGUUUCAAAUGAAUGAUUUGAAUUCCACAUAGAUGAUGUAUUAAAGGUACACAGGUAUGAAAUCGCAGGUCACUAAAAAUGAGAAUUUUGAAUUUUGUAGAGUACACUGGCAAUUUUAAUAUUUUGCAUUUGUAGAAGCAAGAAAAUACUUAUUUCAUUAAAAAACAACAAAAGAAUUAUAAAAUCAAAACAUAGACCACAUCAAAGGCUAUAGCUUUCAUGGCAUUUAAAUUUCUAAAUGUAAUUCAUUGUAUUUUUUGUUACAAUGAUAUAUUACAAAUUUUCAUUUUAUUAGCAUUUUUCUGGAAACUGAUUUUUUAAUUCAUCUCUUUCAUACUUUACUUCUGCGAUUUGAUUUGAUGUAAUAUAUUGGCAAAGAUUACAUUUGUACAACAAAGGUGCAGUUUUCGAUGCAUACAAAGCCUCAGUUUGUGACAUGAGUUUUCGAAGAGUUUCUUGUUACUUUUAUGUUUCAAAAUAUCGUAAAAUGAUAUAUUUCAAGGUUAUGUUUUUUUGGCAGGUUAAUACAACUUUAUUCUUAAAAAUAAAGCAUUAUUUUUAUUUAUUCACUUCAUUGAUUUUGCUUGUGACAAGAAAAUUUAAGAUAAGCAUAACUUAACUGAAUUUGGACGUACAUGUACAGUGUCAUAAACAAACACUAAAACUACAGAUUUGUAAUGGAAAGCAUAUAACUAUUUAUAUAUCUGAAGUGGUGCGAAAUACAUGUAUGUAUUUA